CAAGAAGUGGAGGCAGAGAGAGAGAGAGACGACGCUUGUCCCAUGAAAAUUAUAUCUUAUGUCUCUAAACGUUUGAUUUGCCCAGCGGAGAAGGUAUUUGAAGAAUGAAGAAAGGGAGGGUUCCUGUAUCUGUGCUUGGAAGCAAAGGAGGAAUGAGAGGCAUCACCCCCUAGUGGUUCCAGACGGGUCCAUUACACAGUGCUCCCGAUUUUGAAGAGUCACCAGGAAGGUGGUCAGACAUCAGCUGCACUCAACAGAAUUGCCACAGGACAAUUAUUCAGGAAAGAAGAGUGAAUGGAAUAAUAUGAGGCUCUGUAGUGUCAUCCUGCUGUUGAGCCUCAUCUCUUACAUCAUUGAAGCUGAGCAGAGCCCACUGAUGCAAACCCUCAGCUGCUUCACUGACUAUGAGUCCUACACGGCCUGUACCUGGUCUGAACGCCAGGAGGCAAUGGAGCUUGUCAAGAUGGGCCUUUACUAUAAGGGCGAUUUGGGCCCUGUCAACAUGAUGUGCAAUUCCGAAAAAGGAGACUCUCGGAUACAUUGGAGCUGCAGCAUGAACCAGACCGAUUUCUAUGUGUUUCUGAAUAAUUACUUCAUUUUCAAACCAGAGCUGGAACUGGAAGUCAAACUGAAUGUCAGCCUCUUUGACAAUUUCCAGCCUCCUCCACCCCAGAAACUAGGCAUCGAUGUUACAAAAGAUGGCAACUUCCUAUUGGCAUGGGAAGCAGGUGAUGGAAUGAAUAGAAGCCACUGGCUGGAUGGAGCCCUGAACUUCCACAUAACCUACAAAAGGGAUUGGGAACCCUGGAAGAAAUCUUCCUCUCUGUGGGUCACAAAUACCUCCCAUUGCCUUCUUCAACGUGGUAAACUUAUGCCUGGGAGCACCUAUGUUGCUCGCGUUCGAAGCAAACUGAAGCAAGGCAGUGAUCUUGUGGGCCAUUACAGUAGCUGGAGCUCUGCGGUCACCUGGAAAACAUCAGAAGAUAGUAAAGUUGAAGCUCAGCCCAAGAACCUACACUGUCGAUUUAAUGGCAUUGAUCAGCUAAAAUGCAGCUGGGAGGUGAGGCAAGAGGUCACCAGCUCUGUCUUAUUCACACUCUUCUACAAAGAGAACUCAGGAUCCAUAGAGAAGGAAUGCUCUCCAGUCUAUGUGGAGAAUGUGACUCUCACCCCUCAUCACAUAUUACAAAGCUGUAAGAUCAACGUCUCCAAUCCCAACAGGCAAAGCCAAUACUGCAUAACUGUACGGCCAAAGGAAGAGGAGCAAGUGAUGAAGCCCACGCUGCACAUCAAGCCAGACCCACCUUACAACCUGUCUCUGAAAGUGUUGAACAAUCAAGACUACAGAUUGCAGUGGGAAGCCAGAGUCAUAAACAAGGCUCUAAACAUUCCAAAGAAGUAUGAAAUCUUAUACUGGAAGACUGGAACCCCUGGGGUGACCCAAAGAGUUGAGGAUAACAAUGGUGACCAACAUUUCACCUUCACCUCACAGUUCCUGGAACCAAGCACACAUUACACAGCAAAGGUACGAGCAAAAGUGAACAAAGAGGGCCGUGAUGGUCCAUGGAGCGAAUGGAGUAAGGAAUUUGAGUGGGCAACAGAAAGAGUUAUUCCUUCCUGGAUUAUUCUACUGACAGUACCGGCCUGUAUCAUUUUCAUGAUGGCAGGCAUCUGGUCUUGCCAUGAAUGUCUUCUCAGCAAGAAGAGGAGGUGGGAAGCCACCAUCCCAAGUCCUCCCAGGAUGCUUCUGCUCCCAGAGUUUUUUCAGAAAAUACAGUUGCCAGAUGGCUCAGAAGUCCACAGUAGCCACAGCUCUUUGGAGGAAGGAAUCGGUUAUGCCAACAUAUUUGAGAGUCAAAUGCUGGUUAGCCAUUUGGAGUCUCUUCGACCUGGAUCAGAGAAAAUAAAACCACACACAGUUGCCUCUCAGGAUACAGAAAAAACAGAAGUUCCUUGUGCAGCUGAAGCUGGCCAUUUUUUGACUCAGGCUAUGGCAGGGGAUCAACCAGUCCAUAAUGCUCAUACUCAGAUCUUUGAUUAUGAUGGCCCAUACAUACAUUGUGGACCAGAGUCGUCUCUAGCUGAUGUUCAGCAGAAAUUGGAUGUUGCCCCUUUGGAAAUGAAGGAGACAUCAGUGCUUCUGCAAUAUGUGGGACUGCCCCAUAGUUUGUUAUCCCAGCAAGUGCUUGUGGGGACCAAGAAAGGGAUGGCACCGUCAUUCUCUAUUGUCAAGGAACUUGUGCGGGAGGAGAAGCAGCAGCUACUUCCUAAAAGGCAAGAGGCAUCUCAAAGCCAAUUAGGAAAUGGCAAAUUGGAGGAAGAAGGAAACAGGCCACAAAAUCUUUCCAGAACAAACAGACCUGAUCAAACUGGGCCUUUGGACUAUAUUGACAUCGAAGAUCUAUCCAUAAGCAAAGGCAGGGGCUCAUUAGUUCUGCUCCCUGUGGUGGCCUCAAAGGAAAGUGCAGCAACAGAUGCUGCAGAGUUGCCUGGAACCACUGAAGAUCUUUCAUACCAAAAGAAACCAGAGACUAUCUUCCCAGCUAAGGAACAAUCAUUGGCUACUCCUUCAGCACCAUCCCAGAAAGCCUUUGAUGACUAUGUUUUGAGCCUUCCUGGUAUGCUGGGGUCUGUGCCAAAGGAAGGGGUCCCUUUCUCCAUGGAAGAGCCAAAGCAGGACAAGAGCUUUCUGAUCUUUAAACCUGAUGACAAGAGCCCAAUCUUCUUAUGCCAGGUGGGUGACUACUGCUUCUUCCCUGGCUCCAAGGACAUCAAGGAAGCUGCUAAAAGUCCAGAGGGAUCUGCAGGAGGCAAGCUGCCAGAAACUAGUCAAAAAGUCAAAGAGCCUCUGUCUGAAAGCAAGCUGCAGGCCACUCCUCAGCCCUGCCAAGAUUGGAGAGUGCCUGUGCCUCAAUAAAUCCCCCACCUGGCCCAAGAAUUUUCCGUAUCCUCUUUCGUUUGCACCAUGGUCACUAGCAUGAGCAAAAAACCACUUUGGCUUUUGGGCUGCAGAAAUGUGCUUUGCUGUGCUGAACCUCCUGGUGUGACAGGUGCAAAAUAUUCAAAGUGUUUGGCUCAUGUUAUUGCAUCAUUUCCACGCUGCUUCACAUUUAUUGGAAGACUAU